ACACACACACACACACACACACACACACACACACACACCCCUCCCUUGUAACCCCCAGCGCGCCCUCCUCCCCUCCUCCUCCCCAAGGCGCCGCUCCGAUGGAGCAGCUAGCCUGGCACCGUGCUGGCGCAAGGUAUCUCUGUAAGAAGGAGGAGAUCAAGGAAGACAGACACAUGUUAACUCCAGCCUAUUGACCCACUGGGAAAAGCAAGGAGGUAUUCUUUUGACUUGGGCUGGACCCUUUGCCACCUUUAUCGGGGUAAAUGAGGAAUGGGCUUGUGAUUAUGCUGACGUCCCAGCAUGCAUUUGGUAGACCUGUGGUUAACUCGUUCCCUCUCCAUGUGUCUCCUCCUACAAAGUUUUGUCCUCAUGAUACUGUGCUUUCAUUCAGCCAGUAUGUGUCCCAAAGGCUGUCUUUGUUCUUCCUCUGGAGGUUUAAAUGUCACCUGUAGCAAUGCGAACCUCAAGGAGAUCCCCAGGGAUCUUCCUCCCGAAACAGUCCUCCUUUAUUUAGACUCUAAUCAGAUAACAUCCAUUCCCAAUGAGAUUUUUAAGGACUUGCAUCAACUACGAGUUCUCAAUUUGUCCAAAAAUGGCAUUGAGUUUAUAGAUGAGCAUGCCUUCAAGGGGGUGGCUGAGACCCUGCAGACGCUGGACUUAUCUGACAACCGAAUUCAGAGUGUUCACAAAAACGCUUUCAACAACCUGAAGGCCAGGGCCAGGAUCGCCAACAAUCCCUGGCACUGUGACUGUACUUUGCAGCAGGUUCUGAAGAGCAUGGCGUCUAACCACGAGACAGCUAACAACGUCAUCUGUAAGACUUCCGUGCUAGAUGAGCAUGCCGGGAGGCCUUUCCUUAAUGCUGCCAAUGACGCUGACCUCUGUAACCUUCCCAAAAAGACGACUGACUAUGCCAUGCUGGUGACCAUGUUUGGCUGGUUCACCAUGGUGAUAUCCUAUGUGGUAUAUUAUGUACGGCAGAACCAGGAGGAUGCCAGGAGGCACCUAGAAUACUUGAAAUCCCUGCCAAGCAGGCAAAAGAAAGCAGAUGAAGCUGAUGACAUUAGCACUGUGGUAUAGUAUUGGGGAUGACUAACUGAUACAGAAAGUAGUUUUGGGUUGCAUUAGACUGAGUGGUUUACUUCCAACAUCCAUUGUAUACAUUUAAGAUUUUGCAUUUCAGUUUAAUUGAAUUAUGCCACUGUUGGACUUUAAAAAAAAACAAAAAAACUAACAUUAAAAUGAUUUUAGUUUGGGUGGCCUACACCAUAAUUUUUCCUCUGGUGGUAUAUUCCUAAGUAAGCUACUAUGUAAACAUUGGUUAGAUUCAUUUCACUAUUUAAUAAUGAAAUUUAUUUUUUUAAUUUAAAACCAAAUAAAAACCUAACUUUGAACCAUGUAAAACAGAGUAAUUUAUUGGACAGAGAUCGAAGCUAUGGAUUCACCUGCCUUUUCAAUACUCAGAGUUGACUUUUAUGGGCCAAAAGCUCUAUCAUAAUGAAAGUUGCAUUCAUAUGACUUUCUGUAAAUCGGGGAGCUGUACCCGAAGCAUCUCCUGAAUAAAGAUUCUC